GCUGAAGGACGAAGUGUACGAGAUCGAUACUGAGGUGGAUCAAGUGGAUGAGGACUUGACGAAGAACGAUGGUAUAACGAGGGAAGGUUAUCUGAUGAAAGGUCCUGAGAUCGGUAGUACGGAUAGAAUGUUCGCUCAUAUCGGCUCGAAGUCGUUCAAGAGACGUUUCUGCCAUCUCAGACAGGAGGUCGACGGCACUUACAUACUCGAGUUUUUCAAAGACGAGAGAAAAGGCGAGGCGAAAUUGACGGUGGUGAUGGACUUCUGCACGGAAGUCGUGCGAAAUCCGAAGCGCGGGCGAUUCUGCUUCGAAUUGCGAAUGAGCGACACUCACAAGUCUUACACUUUGGCCGCCGACACCGAGGCUGAUAUGCAAGAUUGGUUAUUGAAGCUGAGUUCCGUCAUACAGCACUACAAACAGCAGGAGGAAAAGCGUGCCGCGUCGCUGGAGAGAACCUGUAACACGCCCCCGCCGUCGCCGCAACCUAUGCAGGUUUAUGGAACGCUGAAAGGUCUCGAGCAGAGCAUGAAUCCGCAAUUAAUAAAAUAUUCCAGGGAGACUGACACCAGCAUUGCUUUAGCGAGGAGAGAGAACAGAAAAAGACUGUUCAAUGUGUAUCCUUACAUACCACAUGCCAAAACGCAAGUAGGACAAUCUGCCGAUAACGUGGAUCCUUACAAGGAGCAAUUCGGCCACAGGAUUCUCGUCAAGUGCGAAAGUCUUAAAUUUAGACUGCAAGCGCCUAUUGACGAAAAGGAAUCUCUUUGCCAAGUGGAGCCUUAUCAUACAGUGUUGAGCCUUUUCGACGCGAGGAAUGGCAGGAAACUCACGGAGAAUUUUCACUUCGAUAUUAAUCACGAAAUAGUGCGAGAUAUGGCGAGAGAACUUAGUCCCGCAGGAAUUACAACGGAAACGGAGGAUAUCACUCUUCCUGGGGAAUUGAAAACCAUUCCUUCGGACUGGAUAAAAUAUCCGAAACAGGCCAUAUUCAACAUUAGUAAUCCUCAUCCAGAUAUAUUUCUUGUUGUAAGGAUAGAUAAGUUGCUUCAAGGAAACAUGUAUCAGACCUCAGAACCAUAUUUGAAAGCUACCAAGGAUCCGAGGUUAGGCUUGAAGGUGCACAAGCAAGUGCGAGCAUGUUGCCAAAGACUGGGAAAUUAUAGAAUGCCGUUUGCGUGGGCUGCAAGGCCACUGUUUAGAUUGUAUAGCAACGAACUGGAUACAUCCUCGGAUUUUCCAGCGAUAUACAGGCAGGAGGGUAAUAAAAUAAAAGAUGAGGAACUACUAAAACUUCUUUCCGAAUACAGAAAGCCUGAGAAGCUUAGCAAAUUGACUGUGAUACCUGGUUGGCUGAAAAUUAAAAUAGAGCCCAUUACGGACAUUCCUGAAAAUACGUUGUCGACUUGCCUAGCGCCGUUAAAGCCAUUUCCGAUCCCACCAACGGCGGAGCCGACGAUCGAGGUCGCCGAGUUCGAGAGCGCUUCCGAGAGGGACGUGCACCCGUAUACGACAUAUAUCAAUCAUCUGUACGUGUAUCCGCAGACACUCAGCUUUGACAGCCAAAAGAUGUUCACCCGAGCUAGGAACAUAGCGUGUAUCGUGGAGCUCCGUGACGACGACAGCGAGAACGUCAAACCUUUAAGAGUGAUUUAUGGGAGACCGGGUUCGCCGUUGCUGUGCCUACGAGCGUCGUGCGCGGUAUUACAUCACAGCGCAGUGCCUUCUUGGUAUGAAGAGAUCAAGAUUAAGCUACCUACGAAAUUGCACGCGAAACAUCAUAUACUGUUCUCCUUCUAUCACAUAAGCUGUGACAUGAACAAGAAGAAGGAGAACGGCGUUGAAAACUGUGUCGGCUAUGCGUGGGCACCUUUGCUGCACAAAGGAAGACUGAACGUGGAUAUAGAAUCGAAUAUCCAAGUGUUGCCCGUGGCGACGCAUUUGCCGUCGGGAUAUCUCUCCAUACAACCCCUUGGAUUAGGGAAAGGGAACGCAGGGCCGGAUGUCACUUGGAUCGACUCUCAACGACCGAUCUUUACGGUAUCUUUUCAAUUAAUUUCGACGGUAUUCACGCGGGACCUUCAUCUGCACAACCUGUUCGUUCACGCUGAACGCAUCUUGGACACAAAACCCUCAGCUACGCCCUCGGAUUCGGAAACGUGCAAAAUCCUGAAAGCGGCACACGCAAUUCAGCUAGUCACCGUUAUCACGUUUCUCCCAACUAUAUUGAAUCAACUGUUCGUGUUGUUAACGUGCAAUACCAGCCAAGAGAUCGGGCUGUAUGUAAUCAGGGUCUUGAUACAUUUCAUAAACAUGGUGCACGAAGCCGGGCGUAAGGAAAUUCUGCAAGCGUACAUCAAGUUUGUAUUUGUGCUGCCUCCCCUACGAAAUGGUAACGUCGCGGUUCACGAGCAAUUGGCGAAGCACUUGCCAGUUUUGCUACAACCGAGCAAUACCGAUUUUCUGGUGGUGAACAAGUUCAUGCAUCACUCGAGCUUCUUUUUCGAAAUAAUGAUUAAAAGUAUGGCGCAAUAUUUGCUGAGUACUGGCAGGAUAAAGAUGCACAGAAACGAACGGUUCUCAAAAGAUUAUCACGAAAAGAUCAAGAUGUUGUUGGACGUGAUUAUGCCAUAUUUAAUGAACAAGUACAGAGAAAUGCCAGUGGAGACGCACGAAUUGAACAAAAGUCUCGCACAAUUUUUAAAGCGAUGUCUCACAUUCAUGGACCGUGGCUUCGUGUUUCGCCUCAUCAAUUCUUAUCUGGACAACUUUUCGCCUGGCGACCAACGCACGCUGCACGAUUUCAAGUUCACCUUUUUACAAAUUGUCUGCUCUCACGAGCACUAUGUGUCCUUCAAUCUGCCGAUGAUGCAGUCGCGUCUUGCUUCCAGAGAUCUAAUGAAUGAGUAUUGCCUCACGGAGGAAUUUUGCAAACAUCACUUUCUGGCUGGUCUUUUGAUGCAAGAAGUUAGAACCUCCCUCAAUGAGAUUGUGCAGAUUCGCAAAGUCGCCAUUGGUACCUUACGGGAUCUAAUGGCAAAACACGAGUUGGACGAUAGAUAUCAGAAUAAGGGUCAACUGAGUAGAAUAGCAUCGAUUUACAUACCAUGGCUUGGAAUUGUAUUGGAGAAUUUGCACCGACUGCAGUUAGUAGAGGAGAACGAGAUCAAGAUAGAGAUCAAGCAGAACGGCACUAACAGAGUGUCAACCAGUAGCUCGUUUCUGACAACGAAGGAUACCAUUUCUACGACCGCGGGUACACCUAAGUCCAUUCACAGACUGACUCUUCACCUGGACACUCAGUCGCCUAUAAGAUCAUCUAUGCAUCUGCGAGAUUCCACUUACUUUGCCGCCAUCGCGGGUCAGGGAUUAGUAAACGGAUACUCCUGCACCAGUGUCGAGUCCGACACAUCGACGGUGUCUGGUGCGUCCCAGUCUAACAUUUCCCAAGAGACCGCCAUCGUUCGAGAGUUGCCGGAAAACGGAAUGGGCGAGAGGAAGAGACAUUCGCGUACCUUGAGCGUGACGCAGUCGUCGCCCAGAUGCGAUAAGUUGCAGCCCUCGGAAGUGAAGGAUAUUCUACUUUGUUUCCUCUUUAUUGUCAAGUACUUGGGUGAUCACCAGGUGAUUGCCUGGUGGCAACAAUGCAACGAUACAGAAGUACUGAGCUUCUUUACGGUGAUCGAGAUGAGUUUGCAUCAUUUCAAAUAUAUCGGUAAGAGACAAAUAGCCGCGAAUGCUGCGAGUAAUGUUGGAAAGCCACGCACUGUUAAAGCAAUGACUUUACCCGCCAGAAUGGCGCCGCCAGACUUCACCACUGAAAGUCCCGCUACCAGCACAUUGCAACCUCACAAUACAGUUACUAGAGAGAAUCUAGUUGAAAAUGAUAGCGGCAAAUUGUAUCAAGCUCUAUUGGAGGCAAAUAUGGCAACGGAAGUUGGCCUGAUCGCGCUGGAUUGCUUGGGUCUCUUCUGCAUCCAUUUUAAAGAUAUUCUCUUGGCAAAUGAAGGCGACAACGCAGUCAUGCAAAAGUUUUUCAACAUUUAUUUAUCAUUCCUUCAAGUCGGCCAGUCCGAAACUUUAUUACGUCAUGUUUUCGCUGGACUCCGAGCUUUCUUGAAUAAUUAUUCUGUCGCGCUUUUCCAAGGCAACGCUGUGCUUUGCGGACGCUUGUGUUACGAGCUGCUGCGUUGCUGUAACAGCAAGUUGAGUUCCAUACGACAGGAGUCCUGCGCUUUAUUAUAUUUGCUCAUGCGAAGUAAUUUUGAGUUUACUAGUCGGAAGGGAUUAACUAGAGUGCACUUGCAGGUGAUAAUUUCGGUCUCUCAAAUGCUGGGAAAUGUGAUCGGUUUGAACAAUUCGCGAUUUCAAGAAUCGCUGUCGUUAAUCAACAGUUACGCCUCCUCCGAUAAAGUUAUGAAAGGCACGGGUUUUCCAGUUGAGGUGAAGGAUCUCAACAAAAGAAUACGAACGGUUUUAAUGGCAACCGCGCAGAUGCGGGAGCAUAAUAACGAUCCUGAGAUGCUAGUCGACCUGCAGCACAGUUUGGCCAACUCUUAUGCCAGCACGCCCGAAUUGAGGCACACUUGGUUGGAGACGAUGGCUAGGAAUCACGCCAGGGAUGGUAAUUUCUCUGAGGCUGCCUGCUGUCAACUGCAUAUCGCAGCACUAAUGGCUGAAUAUCUGAAAUUGCGGAAAGUUCAUCCGUGGGGCGCGGAGGCUUUCGAUCAAAUCUCCAUAAAUAUAUCGAAGGACGAGCGUAAUCUCAAACUCGAUGCCGGUGAGAUUUGCAUUCAAGAUAUUCACUAUAAUGAAAGUUUACUUCUCGAACAAUUGGAGGUUUGCGCCGACACGUUGGAGAAGGCCGAGCGCUUUGAAUUACUUGGGCAUUUGUACCGCUUAAUAGUUCCUAUGUAUGAAAAGAAAAGAAAUUACGAAGCUUUGGCUAAUUGUUACUCGCAUUUGGCACAAGCCUGCAAUAAAAUUGUGGAGGUAACGCGAACUGGAAAGAGAUUGCUCGGAAGGUUCUACAGAGUGGCAUUCUUUGGCAUGGCAUAUUUCGAGGAGGAGAACGGUCAAGAAUACAUCUAUAAGGAACCCAAAGUGACAUCCUUGUCUGAAAUAUCGGAACGUUUGUUGCGUUUGUAUAGUGAAAAGUUCGGAUCUGAAAAUGUUAAAAUAAUAAUGGAUUCCGUACCGGUCGAUGUAAGCGAAUUAGAUCCCAAGGUGGCGUACAUUCAAGUAACUCAUGUCACACCGUACUUUGAGAAGAUCGAGUUGGAAAUACGGCAGACCGAGUUCGAGCAGAAUCACAACGUAUCCUGCUUCAUGUUCGAGACGCCGUUCACUAAGGAAGGCAAAGCGAGAGGCAGUCCGGAGGAUCAAUGGAAACGCAGGACUAUUCUCACAACGCAAUAUGCUUUUCCGUAUGUGAAGAAACGCAUCGGGAUUGCCGAGAAACGGAUAGUGGAGCUCAGCCCUAUCGAGGUUGCCUUGGAUGAAAUGAGGCAACGCGUUCAGGAAUUGGAGGAUGUGGCUUUGAUCGGACCGACGGACGUGAAGAAGUUGCAAUUACGUCUCCAGGGUAGCAUUUGCGUAACAGUGAACGCUGGUCCCUUAGCCUAUGCUUCCGCGUUUCUGGAUCCCGCGCUCUCUCCACAAUAUUCCGAUGACAAAGUAGAAGAGUUGAAGGAUGUCUUUAGGGAAUUUGUCAAGAUAUGUUACACAGCAUUACAAAUUAAUAGCAAACUAAUCACGCCGGACCAACAUGAGUAUCAAGAAGUGUUACGUGAGAACUAUCAGAAACUGUGCCAGAGCUUGUCGUCCUUGUUUGGGGAGCCAAUAUGGCCGGACGAGCAAGUAGGAAGCUUCAAGCGCAAUAGCGCUGCUCUGUUCAGCGCUAUCAGCGGUGCUAACAAUCACACCAGUACAGCCUAAGUCAAUAAUCUUAGUAUGUUCAUCCAAUAGACCUCAGAUUUAUUUACUCUUUAGCAUAAUAUGUCUAAGGCAGGGUCAACAAAACUUCUUAUGGAAGAAUUUGUACCAGUGUUAGUAACGUUAUUUGGAAGUGCCUUCCAAAGAAAAUAUAAACUUAAUAGCAAAAAAAAACACCAUUGGCAUUAAUACACCACGGUAUAUAUACAUAGUACAUUCUGUGUUAAUAUUAAUAAAUUUUUCAUCAAUUUGAUUGUUGCGCUUGAAUUCAGUACAUUUGAUAACCAUGAUCAUUGCAACGAUAGCGUAAACGUUUAUGGCCAGAUGGUCAUAAGUGCGCAACAAAAACUCAGCAAAUUGUGCUACAGAAAUCUCCAAUAUAAGAAGUUAUUCAGAGAGUUAUACAGAGACAAACAUGAUUAUAUUAGAAUUAGAAAACUUAACCACGUCUGAGACACAUAUCAGACGUGUACAUUAAACUGUCAGAAUCAUUGAAAUGCCUAUAUUUAUCGCUCUUGUUAAGCACGUUUCAUCUACUUCUCUUGCUGAUUACAGAAAAUAUUUAGGCUUAGAUUUACUUUUAAAAAUGUAUGUUUAUAUACAUAUAAGUGUUAGAAUUUUUUUUCAUGCAACGCCAUAUUAAUUUUUUGAUUAUUUACAUUACUGAAAAAUAGACUUCUGGAUGAUUACUAACGCUGCUACACAUUUUAAUCAUGGGAGUUCGACUACCCUGGUCUAAGGUUCUUCCGAGAUAUUUAUAUCGAAAAUAUUGACGGUUUGUAUUUCUAUUCUUCUUAUUGACGUGUCAUUUACGAAUUUAUGAUCAAGUGUGUGUAUCAAUUUUGUAACUUUUGCACUGGCCUAACGGAGAUUUUCUGAUCACUGCCAGAUCUUUUAGACGAGCGUUUACGAAUAUUCUAGGAAAGUCGACAUUAUAAGGAAGAAAUACGUAAGAAUAAAUUAUAGCUGAUCUAUAAUUGUUAAAAAAUUUGGUAGACAUGCAAUGUCUUGAAAAAAACCAUAUCUAAAAAAAUCAUCUCAUCAACUGAGACAAGUCCCGAAUGUCACAAUACUAAAAUAUCAUAAUACUGAAAUUACUCAAAUUGAGACAAUGUCUCAAUUUUGAAAUGACAUAAUACUGAGAUCAAAGAACUGAGAUUAUAAUUACAGUCCCGAGUUAUAAUUGUAAAAACUAAUGUAUCCAAAUAAUAUUCUAAAAUAUAAAUUUUUUGAAGUAUUUUUAAAAUUGCACAGAUAAAUCGUCACGUCAUUUUGAUGUACAUACAUUUAUAUGAAGAAUCCUCUUGCAGAAAGAAUAACAAACGGAAUAACAUUUGGAUUGUGUAUGUCGUAUAUUAAAAGAUAUAUUUUCUAUAUAUUCUUUAUAUUGAAAUAAUAUAAGAUGUAUAUACAAUAUAUCUUAUAAAAAAUACAUAAUCUAUAUAUCGUUUCUUUUUCUAUAAGAAGUUUCUUUGUAUAUGUCGAAAGAUAGUGAUCUACUUGUGCAAUUUCAAAAAUGUUUCAAGAUAUUUAUAUUUUAGGAUAUUUUGAUUGAUACAUUAAUUUUUACAGUUAUAAUUUUUUGGGACAUCGUAUUAGUUCUUUGAUUUCGGUGAUAUUUCGAGGAACUGUCUCAGUUCUUAUACAGUUUACAAUAUUCCGACGUUUUGGGAUAUUGUUCCAAACAUUUUUUAAAUUUCGGUUUUUUUUUCGGGACAUUGCAUGCCCACCAAAAAUUUCGACAAAGCCAUUGAAAACUGCUUUUACGUAUUAAGCCUGUAAUGUAAAUGUAGUUUGAUAAGUUGCAAUUUAACGAAUAAGAUAUAAGUUAGUCCAUAUACCAGGGCAUUUAUGUAGUAUAUCUAAUGUCGAGUAAAAAAAUGUACUGGUACACCUCAGUUCUUUCACUAUGAAUAAUGCUAGUCCAUAAGGCAUUUAUAUUUGAUGUCCAUAUAUAAUCAAUUUUAUAGAUUUUUGUCUAUAUCCUUUUAUCAAUUAGGAAAAAGAUAACUAUAUAAUCUAGUUAGUUAACAAAAAUGAUUUAAUAAAAUAACAGAAAAUUAUUCGCUUGUAAUAUUUGAAGAACUGACACAAUAAGAUUAAUAUCUUA